CGGGGGGCGGCAGUGCGGCAUCGCGCGGAGGAGCUGGAACUAAGUGGCGGAUCUUUCGGGGGAAAGAAUGAGGGGGCGAGAACGCGACAAGCUCCACAUCCCGUCUUAACAGCAUCGUUCACCGAUGAGCUGUUGGAUCGCGUGCAAAAAUGAAGACUUCGUGCGGUACAAGAGUGCGGAACCUGCUGCGCGUGGGGCUCCUCCUCAGCGCGAGCCUGGGGGUGCGAGCUCUGCAGGGCAACAUGUGUUUUGGCUGCACGGGAGACUCCGCUUGUGCCUGCAGUGGCGUGAAAGGAGACAAGGGUCAACGGGGCCUUCCUGGACUUCAGGGUCCGCCGGGGCUUCCGGGAUUUCCUGGGCCGGAGGGGCAGGAGGGACCCAGAGGGGAGAAGGGCGCCGACGGGCCGCCGGGACCGGCCGGUCCGAAAGGAAUCCGGGUACUGUACGACGUUGUUUGCAGGGUCCUCCCGGACAGCCUGGAUUUCCGGGAACCCCAGGAAUCCCGGGUCUACCAGGACAGGAUGGCCCCCGGGGACCCACGGGACCGGCGGGGUGCAAUGGGACCAAGGGUGAACGAGGAUUGCCUGGAAACUCUGGCUUUCCUGGGGUACAAGGUCCCCCGGGUCCAUCUGGUAUACCGGGCGCAAAGGGAGACCCUGGUUUGAUCCUCUCGGCGGGUCCAUUCGGACAGAUGGGAGAACCGGGCUCGCCUGGACUUCCAGGUGUUCCUGGCAGUCAAGGCCUUCCGGGACUAGCAGGCCCAACAGGACCACCCGGACCCCCAGGCUUUCAGGGGAGGCCUGGACCACCGGGGCCUCCAGGGCCCAAGGGUAACAUGGGCCUGAACUUCCAAGGAGAGAAGGGGAAGAAGGGUGAACAAGGAAUGCGUGGGCAACCGGGGCCCCCCGGCCUCAUUCGUGAGCAGAAGCAAGCGAGGGAUUCGGAGGUGCGGAGGGGAAACAAGGGGGAUCAGGGACCACCUGGUCCACCUGGGAAACCUGGGGUUCCUGGGCCUCUCGGUCCUCCCGGUGGUCCGAAGGGUGAGAAGGGGGAGCCUGGGGAACCAGGCAAGAGGGGGAAGCCAGGGAAAGAUGGUGAUCCUGGACCAGUCGGUUUCCCGGGUUCGAAUGGAGAGCCUGGGGGUCCGGGUUUGCCCGGAACGCAUGGUAUUACGGGCGAGAAAGGAGACCGCGGUCUCCCAGGCCUCCCGGGUGCAGUGGUGACAGGUUCGAAUCGUAUCAGUGAAGGACCAAAGGGAGAGCCUGGUUUACCUGGACAGCUUGGGCAGAAAGGAGAGUCAGGUCCACCAGGUCUUCCGGGACUUCCUGGACAGCCAGGUGCUCCAGGGUUUGGCUCCCCAGGCUCACCUGGUCAGCCCGGUUUUCCUGGGGACAGAGGGCAGAGAGGUAAUGAGGGACAGCCAGGAGUAUCUUUGCCUGGACUGCCGGGGAGAGACGGGCAGCCUGGGCCUCCGGGCCCCCCGGGGCCCCCAGGGCUGCCAGGAACAUCAUCUGGAAAUGGGCUCUGCCUUCGGGGGACGCCAGGGCUUCCAGGCCUUCGGGGAGAGCAAGGAUUUCCAGGAGACAGAGGGCAGCCGGGUGACAAAGGGGAGACCUGCAUUAACUGCUUCUCCGGUGCCGAUGCCAUUCCGGGGCCUCCGGGUCCUCCCGGUCCAUCCGGAUUCACAGGUCCUCCAGGACCACCUGGGAUUAAAGGUGACAAAGGGAUCCCAGGAAUCCCUGGACAAUCUGGCCCUCCAGGAUUGCCUGGGGACCAAGGACCGCCAGGUGUUGCAGGACAGAAAGGAGACCCGGGAGAUGCUGUCUCUAUUGGUAGGAUGAAGGGCGAUAAAGGAGACACGGGCUUUCCGGGUCCACCUGGUCUACCUGGCCUGAAUGGAAGACCUGGCCAAGACGGAAUCCCAGGUUCACCUGGACCAAUAGGGUUACCUGGAUCUCUCUUCGUUAAAGAGGAACAUGGCCCACCAGGGGAACCUGGAAUCCCAGGCAUUCCUGGGGACAGGGGAUCUCCAGGAGCACCAGGGUUUGGCCUUCAAGGGCCUCCAGGAGAGAAAGGUGUCCAAGGUGUAUCGGGGCGGGCAGGUCCACCUGGUCCCCCAGGUCAAAAAGGUGAGCCAGGCCAGGUUGUUUCAGCGAAGGGUGUCCCUGGUCCUAUAGGGCUGAGUGGCGAGCCUGGCAUCGCAGGACCUCCUGGUGAGUCCGGCCAGCCUGGACAGCCUGGGUUCCCAGGGUUGCCUGGAGCAAAGGGAGACCUUGGACUUCCUGGCAUUGGCUUACCGGGUCCUCCAGGAGUCAAAGGAUUCCCUGGGACACCAGGUCAGCCUGGAAGCUCUGGCAGCCCAGGACCACCUGGAUUAGAUGGCCUCCCUGGGCUGCCAGGCCCCCCAGGGGCCAAGGGUGACCCUGGGUUUGGGCUGCCAGGACCUGAAGGACCUCCUGGAUUUCCUGGUAGCAAAGGAACGCAAGGCCCUAAAGGAGACCCUGGUUUCCCAGGGAUCCCUGGCCAGCCUGGGCGAUCAGGAGUUGAUGGUGCUCCAGGACCCAAAGGGGAUCCAGGCAUUCCUGGGACCCCUGGAGCUCCUGGGCCCCCUGGUGCUACUUCCUUUGGGCUUCAGGGUCCUCCUGGCCCUCCAGGUCCCGCAGGUGCUGUAGGAUCUCCAGGGUUCCCUGGAGCGAAUGGUGACAAAGGGGACCCUGGACCCCCGAGGCCGAACAUCCCAGGACUCCCAGGGGUUAAAGGGGAACCGGGCUCCCCUGGACUCCCAGGCUCUAUGGGUCCUCCUGGUUCUUCUGGUCAAACGGGUCGAGAGGGACUUCCUGGAUUUCCUGGCCCCAAAGGAGAGAUGGGGGUGAUGGGCACCGCAGGCCCUCUUGGACCUCCAGGAAACUCUGGUGUUCCUGGACUCACAGGACCAAAAGGUGAGGGUGGCUCUCCCGGGCAACCUGGUGGACCAGGUGCUCCUGGGCCAAAGGGGGAUCGAGGGGAUCCUGGUAUUCCUGGUCCCCCUGGCCCAAGACUUGUCGUGCAGCAGCUACAGGGAGCAAAGGGAGAAGAGGGUCUUCCAGGUGCAGCCGGAGUGUCGGGACACAAGGGUGCGCAAGGACUCCCAGGAGAUGCUGGUCUUCCUGAACUUGACGGAAUACCAGGACAGCCGGGACCUCCAGGACCCAAAGGAGAGCCUGGGCUCCCGGGUGAACCAGGGUCCCCAGGACCACCGGGACCAAAAGGCAAUAUGGGCGAGAUGGGAUUCCCAGGUCCCAGUGGGGUGAAAGGUAACCCUGGACAGCCAGGAAGGUCGGGCCCACUUGGACAGCCAGGCACCCCUGGUUUCAGGGGAGAGAAGGGUGAUCCUGGUCCUCCUGGGUUUGGAGUCCCAGGAAAUCCAGGUACCAAGGGUGAACUGGGACAACCUGGAUUCCCUGGAAUCCCAGGACCCAAAGGCCAGUCAGGUGCACCGGGUUUACCGGGUCUGCCUGGCAGUCCAGGAGAAAAGAGAAACGCAGGACUCCCUGGAAUUCCAGGCCUUCCGGGUAUUCCUGGACCAAAAGGCUUCGAUGGAGCUCCAGGAUCCCCAGGCGCUGAUGGGCCAACAGGUCAGCCAGGAGAACCAGGCCGUCCUGGACCGCCUGGGCUGCCAGGAGACAAAGGCCCGCUUGGGCGCGAUGGCAUACCUGGACCGUCUGGGGUGAAAGGAGACCCGGGUCAGCCUGGCUCGGGUCGCCUUGGUGUUCCAGGUCCCACAGGGUUACCAGGACCAAAGGGAGGCGGUGGCGUCCCUGGUCUUCCUGGAAGCCCCGGUUUCCCUGGACGAAAGGGUGAGACGGGAACGCCCGGCAUACCCGGAUACUCCGGAAACGUCGGACCUCCGGGUCCCCCCGGUCCGUCACGAGCGGGGCCCAAAGGUAGCGCAGGGCCUCCGGGUGCCCCAGGAGGAAGCGCAGAAAAUACCUACCCGGUGGUCACCAUGGACAGUAUGAAAGGGCAGGCGUUAGAUCGGCAGGUCGUCUCGGCCCCGAGGGUCCACGCGGCCCCCCUGGCUCGGGAGGGCUCGAGGGGCAAAAGGGCGCUGCUGGUCCCCCUGGUCAGCCUGGCCUGCCUGGUCAGAAGGGAGAGAGCGGAACCGCAGGCCUUCCGGGAUCUCCCGGUCUUCCCGGGCCAGCGGGACUCAAAGGAGACGCCGGCCUUCCCGGACAACCAGGGCUUCCAGGUCAGCGCGCGCCGCUUCGGUCUGCUCGUGCGCUCCGGUCUGUUCCUCACACUAAGACGGAGACAUAAAUCGGAGUUUCACAUGCGGGACGCCGGAGGGACCUUGAACACUGUGCUCGUUGUGCUUUGCAGCCACAGCCGUGGCCUUUCGACGAAAGGAGCAGGAGGUCUGUCUGGCACGCCCGGAACACUCGGUGACCCAGGAGACAAAGGAGAUGUCGGUCCACAAGGACCCCCGGGUGACCCGGGCCAGAUUGCGGCCCAGAUCGUGGUGAAAGGCGAUCGGGGGCCCCCUGGUACCCAGGGUCGCCCAGGUUCACGUGGACCCGUGGGUCUUCCAGGUUUCGAGGGCUUGUCAGGUCCGCCAGGAGAACCUGGAGAACCGGGUGCUCGGGGUGCCAUAGGGUUCAGCGGACCUUUGGGUCACAAAGGAGACGACGGGCCACCUGGAGAGCCAGGUCAGAGGGGCUUCCCAGGCCCUCCCGGACCAGAUGGGCUCCGGGGACCGUCGGGCACACCGGGGACCUCCUCGGCGGCUCACGGCUUUCUGGUGACGCGCCACAGCCAGUCUAGCGAGGACCCCUUCUGCCCCGAGGGCACGAGUCUCCUGUAUCGUGGCUACUCCCUGCUGUACGUGCAGGGCAACGAGCGCUCCCACGGUCAGGACUUGGGGACGGCGGGGAGCUGCCUGCGCAGGUUCAGCGCCAUGCCGUUCAUGUUCUGCAACAUCAACAACGUCUGCAGCUUGGCGACGCGCAGCGACUACUCCUACUGGCUGUCCACACCACAGGCCAUGUCUGCGAGCAUGGCGCCCGUCGCCGGGGACGACGUCAAGCCCUACAUCAGCAGGUGUGCGGUGUGUGAAGCUCCUGCGAUGGUGGUCGCCGUGCACAGCCAGUCCAUCCGGCUGCCCUCCUGCCCGGCCGGCUGGGACCCGCUGUGGAUCGGCUACUCCUUCAUGAUGCACACCGGUGCGGGGGCGGAGGGUUCCGGUCAAGCCCUGGCCUCCCCCGGCUCCUGCCUCGAGGACUUCCGCUCCUCCCCCUUCGUCGAAUGCCACGGAAAAGGCGCCUGCAAUUACUACGCCGACUCCUACAGCUUCUGGCUGGCCACCGUGGACGACGGCGACAUGUUUCGGAAGCCUCAGGAGGAGACCCUGAAAGCAGGAGACCUUGAGACGCGGGUGAGCCGCUGUGCGGUGUGCAUGAAGAGGACGUAGCGGAGCCUCCUGGGACGAGGCGCCGGCGAAGGGCUGCUCCGCCUCCGGUUCGGCUCAGCGGAGCAAAGUGGUGUAUUUCGCAGUAAAAGUACCUCGGAAGGAGUACAGAGCCAAAAAGGGGAGCUGUAGCAGACGUUGAGCUCAUGCGCGGCGUGCGUUUCGUCUCUUUCCUUUUCCGCGUGUGUUUUUCCUCUCGUUUCUUGGUUGCCAUCAGGACACGUUUCUGGGAAGAUGUGCGCUUUUGCAUCUCGAGGGCAAAUGGGGACUUUGACUUCCGUACAGCAAAGACGAAAUGCACCGAAGAGCUUCCAGGAUGAGAAUGCGUCCCCGUCCCCCCCCCCUUUGUUCACGGUGCCGACGCUGCUGUGUCAGACACUCGGAUGUAAUCAUUUCUCUCUUUGUACGUAAUAAAAUGUGUAUAUUGUGCAAAACAUGUUCGCAGUGUAAAGAGUAAGGGAGCGCUCUGCUCGAAAGUGCUGCGCCACAGCGCUUUGAUCUCUCUCUCUCUCUCUCUCUCUCUCUCUCUCUCUCACACACCCCGCAUCGGUACACAGAAAUACACACAAAGGAAACUUUCUCUCAACAGUAUUUUUUGU